GCAAUAGUCGAAUCCGAAUCCGGAUCCGAUCCGAUCCACACCUCCUCAACACCAUCAACAUUCAACAGUAAAUCCAUCAUUUUUGUUUCCCCCUUUCCAAGCUCUUGCAUUGCAUUUAGGGUUUCUCAAAAUUCAAUCAGUGGUGAAGUAAUCGAAUUAUUGAUAUAAUAUUUAAAUUCACAUUCUCGAAAGGCCAAGAGCUGCGAAAUCAAUUAUAGCUCGUUGUUCGGAGAAUCCAUUGAACCAUUGAACUUCCGAAGUUCAAUGGAUACUUCUGCAAUGCAGACGACUCCUCUUCCUUCGGAAGAAGACGAUGAGUGGGAUACUGAUGGGUUUGUGAUUCCAAGCUUGGAGAUUGAAGAAGACAAGGUUAAUGAUUCAGAAACUCAAACACCAAAACCUUCUUCUCCCAAGAUCAAAGCAGAAGAAAAGAUCUACCUAGGACCACAUGGAGCUCCUCCCUCGCAGCUACAAGAUGGUAACACAACAAGCCGCAAGCAGCGGUUUAAGCAGAAGCUUAAGGAAGCAGACCAGAAAAUGAACGUGUCUGGUCGAGAAAACAAAGUGGCCAACUUGAGAGAGCUUGUAGGCGGCGUAGAGAAAGGAGGUAACAUGGCAAAAGGUGUUUCAAGAGACUGGCUUGACCCUCAUUGCCAUGAAUCUCAGUUCGAGAAACGGCAUCAUCUCUAAGGCCCUUUGUUUUUUUUUUUUUUUUGGCUCCUCAGGGAAAAAGAAACCGCUCCCUUUGAAAACGUUGUAUCAACCAAAAUACCAGAAAUUUCAAAGCAAUAAAACAGUCAUCAUCACCUGUUC